GUGACUGAAAAAAAAAACAGGCAGGCAGAGGGUUAGUGACAGGAGACAUGGCGUCUUGGUGUCAAGCUUCAGCUCUCCUGCUGUUCACGGUGUUGCUGCUGGGGACAGGCCUGCACGAUAUGGUGUCUGCCGCAUCAGAUCAGAACUUCUGCACCAAUACAACGGUAAUCAAAACAAGGACGGCGUGUCAUUCCUGUAGCAUCAGUCUGUUGAUCCCCUGCCCCACUGGCUUCAAGAAAACCCCCAAUACUGUUUCACAGGACUGCAAGUACCACAUAAGGAGUGCAACUUUGCAGCUUGCCAUCAAAGGCUGCUCUUUUGAAUGCUACAAAGAAAUCGAGGCAAAGAGGUGCUGUCCAGGGUACUGGGGCCAAGACUGCAUUGAGUGUCCAGAACAUGCAAGCAUGCCUUGUAACAAUAAUGGAGUCUGCUCUGAUGGAAUGGGGGGUAAUGGAACCUGCAGCUGUAAGGAUGGCUAUACAGGAACUGCAUGUGAAGACUGUGCACCAAACAGAUAUGGUUCCACCUGUGGCUCAGUGUGCACAUGUGUACAUGGAUUGUGUAAUGCUGGUGUACGUGGUGAUGGGAUAUGCACCUGUUUCUCUGGGUACAAAGGCCCCAACUGUGACCAAGAACUGCCAGAGUGUGCCGCCCUCAGUUGCCCUGAGAACUCUCGCUGCAUGGAGGAAGCCCUCACAGGGAAGCUUGUGUGUAGAUGCAAGACUGGCUACCAGAUGUCAGGAACAGAGUGCAUAUCCAUAAACCCGUGUCUACAGAGCAUCUGUCAUCCCCAUGCUACCUGUGUCCACACUGGUCCCAACAAACACCUCUGUACCUGUGCUGAGGGCUACAGCGGGGAUGGCCGUGUGUGUAUGGGUAUUGACCCAUGCCAGACCAAUCACGGCGGCUGCUCAGCCCUCAGCACCCGUUGUGUGUACGAUGGACCUGGAAAGUUUCACUGUGAGUGUCUUGCUGGGUUUGACAAUCUUGAGAGAGGGGUGAGCUGCAGCCUAAAGGAGGCCUGUAAACCUGACUCCUGCCACAAGAACGCCAACUGUACUACUGUGGCACCGGAACGUGUCGAGUGCACCUGUCAUCAUGGUUACCUUGGGAAUGGGAAAGUUUGCUAUGGCAACAUCAUGCAGCGCCUCAAUGAUUUGAAUACAGAGCCUGGUGGCCAGUGGACCGGUCAGCUCAGCAAUGCCAUCACACUCUUUGGUUCCCUUUCUUGGCCUUUGCGCAACUUGGGCCCUUUCACUGUUUUCAUCCCUAUCAAUAAAGGCUUCCGGGGAACUUCGCCAAAGACCAUAAUGGCUGAUUCCUCCAAAGCUAAAUACUGGUGCAAGCUGCACAUGGUUGCUGGGGAGAUACCUUUUGACACGCUGAAGAAAAUGGACGUCUACUACACUUUAACUGGCAAAGCUGGCGAAACUGACACCACAGAUGGGGAUGCACAGACAAAAAUCCGGAUCCAUGGCAGCAGGAAGAAGGGCACGAUCCUCCAGUCUGAUGUCAUUGCAUCCAAUGGGAUGAUUCAUAUCAUCAGCAAGCUGAUGGACAGUGUGUCACCCACUGUGGAAAGUGAUAAAGAGGAGAACCUGAUGAAGAUUCUAUCAGACAACGGCAAAUUUGCCAAGUUCAAGUCUUUAUUAGAAAAAACCAACAUGGCGUCUCUCAUGGAUUUGCCCGGUCCAUUCACUGUGUUUGCCCCCACCAGCACUGCCUUUGAUGCCAUGAUGGAGGGACACCUGCAGUACCUUAGCUCUGCUGAAGGCUACAUCAAGCUGGUGGAGCUUCUAAGGAACCACAUAGUAGCCUCCAGUGCAUUGGAGGUCUAUAAUGUUGUGUCCAGCCCUAGAGUUGUGACCAGGGCCAAUCAGGUUCUAUCAUUUAACGUGACAGAAAACGGUCAGAUUCUAGUCAAUGGAAUGGCGGUGCUGGAGGCUGAUGUGGAGGCAAAGAACGGACGCCUCUAUUCGGUGGAUGGAGUUUUGAUCCCAUCCUCCAUUGAGCCAGUGCUUCCCCAUCGGUGUGACACCACAGAGACAAAGAUAGUUAAGGGUGAAUGUGUCAGUUGCUCAAAAGCUAAACUGGCGAAAUGCCCCUCUGGAGUUUUCAUGGACUCCUCCAUUUAUGGCUGUGUGUACUCCCUCAAGAUAGGCCGGCCAGCCUUGAAUAUCCCUGCCACUGGCUGCUCACCCCUCUGCAAUACAACCAUCACGACACCAGCAUGUUGUAGGGGCUUCUAUGGUCCAGAGUGCAGCAUGUGUCCUGGGGGAUUCCAGACGCCCUGCUCUGGUCAUGGCCAGUGUAUGGAGGGAAUUGAAGGAAAUGGAACCUGUAUCUGUGAGCCCAACUUCAGAGGCUCCCGAUGCCAGUACUGCUCCAGUCCCAACAAAUAUGGACCUAACUGUGACAAAACCUGCACCUGUAUCCACGGCCAGUGUGAUAACCGUCCAGAGGCGGACGGGCGGUGUAAAGUGGACAGCUGCAUGCCAGGCUACACCGGUGUGUACUGCGAGCGCCAGACACGGGCCUGUGGAGUCCAAGUUGAGUUCUGCCACGCCCACGCAGACUGUGACUUCAACCAGGGGGCAACAAAGUGUGUAUGUAAACCUGGCUACGAGGGUGAUGGUAUCAUUUGUGUGGAAAAAGACCCGUGCGCCCUACCUCUUCGGGGCGGCUGCAGCAUAAAUGCCAAGUGUACAAAGACAGGACCUGGUACACACUCAUGCCAGUGUCUAGCAGGGUGGAGGGAGGAUGGGGAUGAGUGCCAGCCCAUCAAUACAUGUAACAACCCUGACAGGGGUGGCUGCCACCCGAAUGCCACCUGUAUCUAUAUAGGCCCUGGGCAGAGCCAGUGUAUGUGUAAGGUGGGCUACAGAGGUGAUGGGAGAGACUGUGUCGCAGUCAAUCAGUGUGUGACCCAAAACGGAGGUUGCCAUUAUUUGGCCAGCUGUCGCCUGAUGUCUGGUCAGUGGAAGUGUGUGUGUGAGGAAGGAUAUGUAGGCAAUGGAGAGGUUUGCUACGGCACUGUUGAACAGGAGUUGAUGGCUCUCCCAGAGGCCUCAGAUUUCAUCACAUGGGUGACGGAAUCGGGGCUGUCUCGGUCUCUGUCAGAGCUGAACAUCACACUGCUUAUGCCAACUUCAGCAGCCAUUGCUGCAUUGUCUCAGGAUGACAAAAACUUCUGGACCACAAAGGGCAAUCUGCCAAGCCUCAUCAGAAAUCAUAUGAUCCCAGGCAACUAUCCAUUAUCCAUGCUGCGCAUCACUUCCCCAGCACAAGUAACGUCCCUUCUCAAGACAACACAUGCUAUUUCUACCACCAAUGAGUCCACAGCACUAGGGGGAGCAACCAUCACAACAGCAAAUGUAGCUGCAACCAACGGACUCAUACAUGUUAUUGAUAAGGUUUUGGUUCCUGAGAGGAAACUGAGUGAUGGACUACUGACGCUGCUUGACCUGAGGCCAGAGUUUUCUCUCUUCAGAUCUUGCCUCAUUGAACAUAACCUGACAGAUGAGAUUGAGCAGGCAGAUGGCUACACAGUCUUCGUUCCAGUAGACAGUGCUAUCAAAGAUUACCUCACAAAAAUGGCUGCAACUUCAAUGGAUGUGAACACAACACGCUACCAUGUUGUACUGUCAGAACGACUUCUGAAGACAGACCUGCAGGCUGGCGGCUAUAAAGAGACCAUGCUGGGCUUCUCCUACCAGCUGGGCAUCUUCCCCAGAGACGGAAAGUUGUUUAUCAAUGAGGCUCAACUCAAUGUAUCCAACAUAAUGAGUGAGAAAGGGGUAAUCCACGGCCUGUCGUCAGUUCUGAUGAUCAACAGGAAUCGCUGCGACGAUAUACAAGACCAGCAGAUUCUUGGAACCUGCAAGGAUUGUUUCUUCCCACAAGGCAAGGUCUGCCCAAAUGGAACAACCCCAAUGAAAUCAGUACGAAAGAAGAAGUGUAUGUUCAGCCAGAUGUAUGAUGGGGAACGACUGCUCACCAUCGGCUGCAGGUUUACCUGCAUAAAGAAAAACAUUAUGCACAAGUGCUGUAGUGGGUUUUUUGGAGAGCAUUGUGAGCCAUGUCCCGGGCCUAAGGGUCAGCCUUGCUUUACGAAUGGGGUGUGUCUUGAUGGGACUAAUGGGACAGGUAUCUGCCAGUGUAACCAAGGUUUCAGUGGAACAGCAUGUGAAACCUGCCAGGCUGGCAAAUAUGGUGUCCACUGUGAUCAAGAGUGUGCAUGUAAAAACGGCCAGUGCAACGACGGACUGAAGGGGGAUGGGACGUGCGAGUGUGACGUGGGGUGGAAAGGCAUCCUCUGUGAUGAAAAGAUUGAAUCUACAGCUGAUGAGCUCUGUGGCUCGGUGAAGUGCCAUACUAGUGCAAACUGUGUCAUCAAGCCAUCUGGUAUGCAGUGUAUAUGCGCUGCUGGGUUUGAGGGCAACGGCACCUAUUGCAAAGCUAAAGACCCCUGUGCAGUGGGUAAUGGGGGCUGUAGUCUUUAUGCAGUAUGUAAGAGGACUCUCCCAGGCCGUCGAGACUGUGUGUGCAAUCCAGGAUAUGCUGGUGAUGGCCUUGUGUGUGUGGAGAUAAAUCCCUGCCUGGAAGGAAAUGGAGGCUGUCAUGUCAAUGCCGACUGUAUUCACGUUGGACCCAACAAAACAUCCUGCACUUGCAGUCAAGGCUACUCUGGAGAUGGACAGAACUGUAAGAUGACUGAUCUCUGUCGAAAGAAAAAUGGGGAGUGUCACAGGUUUGCCAGGUGUAACACGACCAGCCCGGGUGUACGUACGUGCACGUGUACCAGUGGCUUCAUAGGAGAUGGUAUUAGCUGCAAAGGCACAGUGGGAAAGGAACUUAUCAGCAGGAAAUUAAGAGACUUUUACCUUGGCUUGAUGAUAGCUGAGAUCUCCUUGAAAGGCCGUGGCCCUUUCACCGUCUUCGCCCCAACUGCUGAGGCGUUUGCAAAGGAGCGAAACGGCAGUGGCAAGAUAAAAGCUAUGCUGUUGGACAAGCGUAAAGAGAGGUACAUUGACGUCCUCCGCCACCAUAUUGUGAUGUGCCACACCCUCCUGGCCAGCGAUCUGACCCGACCCAGAAAUCUGACUAGCAUGGCCGGGGAGAUCUUAACCACCUCAUUCUCCCAGGGAAAUAUCUUCAUCAACCAGGCAAAUGUGACACACACUGAUGAUCUCAGUGUCAAUGGGAUCAUCCAUGAGAUUGACACUAUUCUGAUUCCGCCGAGUGUAGGGAACCAGAGGGAACCAGAUGUGCCACUCAACCUGACAGAUGUGGCAGAUCUCCAUGGUUACAAGACCUUCUACAAACUGCUAGAGGACACGGGUGUGAUGGACAUGGUGAACGAUGGCAUGAACCAGCCAGUGACUGUGUUCCUGCCCUCAGAUCGAGUCAUGGCCUCCCUGCCCCAGGAGCAGAAGGACUUUCUCUACCAUCAGCACAACAGACCACAGCUGCUGGAGUACCUCAAGUACCACAUCCUUCAGGUCAAAAAGGUUUACGCUGCAGAGCUGAUCCACCUGGACUCAGGCAGGACUCUGCAGGGCUCACAGCUCACGUUUAGCUGUGGAGGACUGGACAGCAUCGGAGAAAUCUUCGUUAAUGACGGAAAGUGCCGGAUCAUACAGAGACACCUCCAGUUCAGCGGGGGAAUCGCCUAUGGGAUCGACUGUCUGCUGACUCCACCCAGCCUGGGGGGUCGAUGUGAUGAACAGAAAAGCAUCGAGCUUCAGAUGAAUUGUGGGCCAUGCACCUCCUCAUCAACUCGCUGUCCUGGUGGGGCAAAAGUAAAGGAGGUGCUGAAGUGUGACCUGCCCAUGAUGUUUGUCAGUAAGAACGCGGGCUGUCAGUCCAUUUGUAUGCUCAACUUCUGGCAGCCCAAGUGCUGUGCUGGCUACUAUGGACGAGACUGUCUGGUUUGUCCAGGUGGGGUGGAGGCACCUUGCAGCAGCCAUGGAAAAUGUGAUGAUGGUCACCUUGGCAAUGGCACCUGUAAGUGCGACACAGGUUUCCAGGGCGUGUCCUGCGAGCACUGUAGCGAAGGACACUAUGGACCGACCUGCAAGGCCUGUAACUGCACAGAGCACGGCUCGUGUGACGAGGGCCUGAAGGGGAGGGGCUCCUGUUUCUGUGAGCCAGGCUGGACCGGGGAGCGCUGUGAGACUCAGCAAGCUGAGGUCUUUGUGUGCUCCCCACCCUGCUCUCCAAAGGGAGUGUGUCAGGACAACAACACUUGUGUGUGUCGGCCUUUCUAUGAGGGAGAUGGCUACACAUGCACAGUCAUGGACAUGUGCAGCACCUGGAACGGCGGCUGUGCUAAGGGUGCAAAGUGUGUUCAGAAAGGGGAGAAGGUGACCUGCACUUGUCCAAAGGGCCACAAAGGAGAUGGUUUCACCUGCCAGCCCAUUGACCCGUGUGCAUCUGAGGACAACGGGGGCUGUCAUGAGCAUGCCACCUGCACCAUGACAGGACCGGGAAAAAAGAUGUGCACAUGCAAGGACAACUACAUUGGUGAUGGUGUGACCUGUGAAGUCAAAGAACUACCAAUCAAUCGCUGUCUCCAGGACAACGGGCUGUGUCACCAAGAUGCCAAGUGCACUGACCUUCACUUUGAGGAUGCCACACUGGGUGUGUUCCACUUGCGUUCAGAUAAGGGUCAGUACAAGUGGAACUACACCGCUGCACAGCAAGCCUGCACUGCAGAGGGAGGCACCCUGGCCACAUACACCCAGCUCUCCUAUGCACAGCAGGGCGGCUUAAACAUGUGUUCUGCUGGUUGGCUGGAUGAGGCCAGGGUGGCCUACCCCACCACGUAUUCCAACCCUAACUGCGGUUUUGGACAUGUGGGCAUUGUGGACUAUGGGACUCGCAAAAACCUUAGUGAGACAUGGGACACCUUCUGCUACAGGGUCAAAGAGGUGAAAUGUGAGUGUAAGCUGGGCUACAUUGGCGAUGGCUACACCUGUACAGGAAACCUUUUGCAGGUCCUGAGCUCCACACCCUCCUUCUCCAACUUCCUCACUCAAAUCCUGAACUACUCCCAGAACUCUGCGUCAGGGAAGGAGUUUGUGAAGCGCCUCAGUAAUCUGACUGUCCAGUCAACUUUGUUUGUACCCGACAACACAGGCCUGUCUGAGAACCAGACUCUGACUCAGAGGGACAUAGAGUACCACCUCUCGGAGGGCCAGGCUCUGGCUCUUAGUGAGCUGAAGAACGGCAGUCGCAUCAGAACCCGCCUGGGCAGCCUCACCGUCCUGGGCAUCGCAGACUUCCUCAACCCCAAGACUCUGACCUCCCGUUACAUCAACGAUCGCUUCGUCACAGACUCUGACAUCGUGGCUUCCAACGGCAUCAUCCACGUGCUGCAAGGACCUCUGACAGCCCCGCCUCCUCGGCAAGCACUCCAUGCGGCACACAAGGCAGGGAUGGGAGUUGGAGUUGUGCUGCUGGUUACGCUCGUGGUCGGGGUCAUCUUUGUUGGCUACCACUUCUAUACCCACAAAACCAAACCCUUCCAGUUCCACUAUUUCAAGGAUGAAAAUGAGGACGAGGCCUCACAUCCAGACUGCAGCCCUAAUGUCUGUAACCCAGUUUAUGAUGCAGCUCCAGACCCAGUUGAGCCCAGCCCCGCUGACAUCCCUACAGAGGACAAGCACGAGGUGGUGAACGGUGGUUCCUAUGAUCUGCUUCAGGACAGCUGAGAGGGACCCAGCUCCAUUGCUCUGCUGGUGGAACUGGAUCAAGAUCCCUGUUACCCAUCAUUAGCUCUGCGGAGUGGAAGGGUAAACACAACCUGGGCUUAUCGUGAAGAGGAAGAAUGUGCAGGAGACACAGGAUUUGGGGUUUGGGAUUUGAAGUCAAAUUGACUGUGCUUUAUCUCCUCAUUCCUUCUCCCUGGUUUUAAAUCUCAAAGUGCGCUUCUGAUGGACUAAAUGACUUGUCAGCUUUUUUUCUUUCUUUUAUACUGAAUGUACCGUCUAAAUAAAUGCAGAUCCCGGAGAAAGCCAAUGACUACACUGCUGUGCCAGACUUAAUAUCCCUG